AUGGGCCACUGAGCUGCACGUCUGAUUUGGCAGCUGCAAGGGAUAUGUCAAUUGGUAUCUGCCGGGAACCCCUCUUAUACAAGGCUAUUCCUGCAACACAGCAGAUAAGAAAUGCAACCUUGCACAUACACUGAAGAUCUCUUUUGCUUUUAAAAUUAUCGCAGGUUUUACAGUGCUAUCGGAUCAUGGCAUCAGGUGUGGACAGGGAUGCCAUUCCAGGCACAUUUACCCUGCUGGAUCUAGAGCAUACUCUCGCAAGUCGACACCUGGACAGAGGGAAUAGUGACAUCGUUCUUGUCCCCCAGCCUUCAGAUGAUCCGGACGAUCCACUGAACUGGUCACCCCGACGGAAAACUCUUUCGACCAUUUGUGUCAGUGUGUACACUUUGUUCAUAGGUAUCGGGUGUUCUGUCGUGUAUUCAGUGCUUGUUCCGCUCUCCAAAGAGACGGGAGUCGCUGUCAAUACUUUGAAUGAAGGAACGGGGUAUUUAUUCCUGCUUGCAGGCUGGGGCCUACUUUUUUGGCAGCCCCUCGCAUUACAGUAUGGCAAACGACUCGUAUAUAUCGUGUCUUUAAUCGGAAUGAUGGGAACAUUGAUAUGGGGUCCUUAUAUCAAGAACAAUGGCCAAUGGAUCGGUCGCAGCAUUUUAUCCGGCUUUUUCACCUCGCCAGUCGAGGCUCUUCCCGAAAUCACGGUCACGGAUGUGUACUUCACACACGAGCGUGGAACAUACAUGGGGCUGUAUGCCUUCUUCUUGGCCGGCAGUAACUACUUUGCCCCGGUGAUUUGUGGCUUUAUCGCUGAAUACCAAGGCUGGGAAUGGGUAUUUUACUGGCCUGCCGUAUUCUGCGCCGCCGCCGCAGCGUUUCUUUUCUUGUUCAUGGAGGAAACAAAUUAUACGCGCGAAAAUGUCAGCCCCAUCACCUCUAUUAGUCCAACUGAGCCAUCCAUUUCGGCAUCGGAGAAAGGGGAGCAAGAGAAGGCUACACCUAUUGAUACUGCACAACACACGAACUCAGAGCUUGGAGACGUGUAUAACAAGAAGACGUAUAUCAAGAAGCUGUCACUCCUGGGCCCACGCCAACCUAAGAAUCAUAUGCUAAGACGGCUCUGGCAUGGGUUAUAUUACCUGAGCUGGCCGGUGGUAUUCUAUGCAGGCUUUUCAUAUGGCUCAUAUCUGAUCUGGUUCAAUGUCCUGAACGCAACUGCUUCAAUUAUCCUCGGGUCUGCUCCAUAUAACUUCAGUACUGCAAUGGUCGGCCUCAGCUAUCUCGCAUGUUGCCUCGGCGUGAUUUUGGGUGCUCUCUUCACAGGUAGGUUCAGCGACUGGCUGACCAUCCACCUCGCCCGACGCAACAACGGAAUUAUGGAAGCCGAGCACCGUCUCUGGCCGUUUCUCAUCUGUCUCGUCAUUGUUCCAGGCUCACUGAUCCUCUGGGGUGUCGGCGCAGCGCACGAGAUUCAUUGGUUUGGCCUCUUGGUUGCAAUGUGUGUUCUCGCGAUGGCGAACACCUGUGGAAUCACCCUGAGUGUCAAUUACCUCAUUGACAGCUACCGGGAGCUUAGCGGUGACGCCAUGACGAGUAUUAUCUUGGUUCGCAACACAAUGUCCUUUGCUAUAGGCUAUGGCAUCACGCCGUGGAUCGACAACCUAGGCUAUCAAAAUUGCUUCAUCUCCGCCGCAUUCAUCGGCAUGGCUUGUUCAGCUGCAUUUCUCUUCAUGAUCAAAUACGGAAAGGCACUUCGCAAGCGCAACCAAGAGAAAUACUGGAACCAAGUGAUUGAGAACCGGGAGAAUGGAAUGGCGCAUUAACCCUGAACCAUCCUUUGCAAGCAUCAUAUCAUAUCAUAUCAAUCAAU